AUGGCUCUCCUAACAAGCCGGAACGCCGCCGCCGGCGGUAAGCUACUCCGAUGCGCCGCCGCAGCAGCUAUCCCCACCAUCCGACAACUAUCCUCCUCCGCAUCUACAAUCACCGUCGAAACCAGCGUCCCUUUCACCGGCCACAGGAUCGAUCCGCCCUCGCGUUCCGUCGAAACCACGUCCGAGGAGCUCAUGUCGUUCUUCCGCGACAUGGCGUUGAUGCGCCGCAUGGAAAUCGCUGCCGACUCUCUUUACAAGGCCAAAUUAAUCCGCGGGUUUUGCCAUCUUUACGACGGCCAGGAAGCGGUGGCGGUUGGUAUGGAAGCUGCGAUUACCAAAAAGGAUUGCAUAAUUACGGCUUAUAGGGAUCACUGUAUUUUCCUGGGACGCGGGGGAACUUUGCUGGAAUCGUUUGCUGAAUUGAUGGGAAGGAAAGAUGGGUGUUCCAGAGGGAAAGGCGGCUCUAUGCAUUUUUACAAGAAAGAAGGGGGAUUUUAUGGAGGACACGGAAUCGUUGGGGCACAGGUUCCGUUAGGGUGUGGUAUAGCUUUAGCUCAGAAGUAUAGAAAUGACGAAAAUGUGACCUUUGCGUUGUACGGUGAUGGUGCUGCGAAUCAGGGACAGUUGUUUGAGGCUCUAAAUAUGUCUGCUUUAAUGGACCUGCCUGCCAUUCUAGUCUGCGAAAACAAUCACUAUGGUAUGGGGACUGCAGAAUGGAGGGCAGCAAAGAGCCCAUCUUAUUACAAGAGAGGGGAUUAUGUUCCUGGUUUGAAGGUAGAUGGCAUGGAUGCUCUGGCUGUGAAACAGGCAUGCAGUUUUGCAAAACAAUAUGCCUUGAAGAAUGGCCCAAUUAUUCUCGAGAUGGACACUUAUAGGUACCAUGGACACUCCAUGUCUGAUCCUGGGAGUACAUAUCGUACACGUGAAGAGAUCACUGGCAUCAGACAGGAGAGGGAUCCAAUUGAAAGGGUCCGGAAGCUUUUACUAGCCCACGACAUAGCAAAUGAGAAAGAGCUUAAGGAUAUUGAAAAAGAAGUGAGGAAAGAAGUCGAUGAUGCAAUAGCAAAAGCAAAGGAGAGUCCAAUGCCUGAUCCUUCUGAACUCUUUACCAAUAUUUAUGUUAAAGGCUUCGGAUCUGAGUCUUUUGGGGCAGAUAGGAAAGAAGUUAGAGCCACCCUUCCAUGA